AUGGUAAAGUCAGUUAACUUUUAUACGGUUUUCAAAAAGUCUAGUCGUGGGAAUUUUGAUCGUGAUUUUGGGGUAGAUGUCGCUGGUUAUGCUGUUAUCGUAAUAGUAUUCGGUACUAUGAUAUCUGGAAAACUAAAGGGUUUUCGCAAAACGAUAGAAGACGUACGUGAAGGAAAGGAGCAUGCAUUAGAGGCCAUCCGUAAAGAUCUGACUUCAAUUCCUUACAUCCCAGAGCUUGCAAAGUUGGAUCAUUUACGUUCCCUAACUCUGUCUCACAAUAAAAUAACGGAAAUACCUCAAGAGAUUUCAUCUUUGCAAACUUUGGAACACCUGAAUCUCUUUAAUAAUUGUAUUGUGGAUAUCUCUCCAAAGAUUGUGGAGUUAACAUAUUUACGAUCCUUAAAUCUUGGGUAG